CAGACAGGUCUACGGUCAACGCAUCUUGGAGAGGGCUCAUCCAAGUUGCCACCACUUCACCAUUACUGCCGGCGAGACACCGCGCGGCGCACGCUUGCUACGCACAAUAAAAAAUAUCUGUGGUCAAUUAAAAGUAAAAUUUAAAAUAAAAAGUAUAUUUUUAAAAAUGGAACGGUUUCGAGUGUUGCUGUUCUUCGCUGCUGUGAUCGCAUCGGCCUCGUCCAAUACAAAUAUAUUUGGCGGUGGUUGUUCCCGAAGAUCACCAACAGUAGACGCCUGUCUCAUGCGCAGCUUCAAUGCACUCAUCGAUUACUUGAAGGGCGGCGCGCCUGAGCUCGGCAUUGAAGAGGCGGAGCCGGUGGUUAUAGAUGAGUUGUCGAUCGCGCUGGGCAGCGGCCCGGACGGCUACCGAGCCACCUUCAACGACAUACACGCCACCGGCGUCUCCAACAUGUCCAUCAUCAAUGUCCGGUCAGAUUUGGAGACGCAUCAGUUCCAGCUGACGCUGUACAGCCCUCACAUCAGCACGCGCGCGCGCUACCAGUCCUCGGGCGUGUUGCUGCUGGUCAGGGCUUCGGGCGGAGGCGACUACUGGGGCGAAUACGACGGUGUAAAAGCUAAAGUGUAUUUCCGCGGCGAGCCGUACGAGCGCGACGGGCGCACCUACCUCAAGCUGAAGGUGCUCAAACUCGACUUCAGUGUGAAGGAGAUCGAGAUGGGAGUUCGGAACCUUCACAACGGAAACUCUGUGCUGCAGGCAGCAUUGAACUUGUUCAUCAAUACGAAUGCUCAAGAACUUCUCAAAGAGAUGAAGCCAGAACUGAAGAAAGACCUCGCAGACAAAAUGUCACGCUACCUGGAGCGCAUCCUCGACCAAAUACCCUACGAUGACUGGAUAAAGGACUAAGCUAAUGAAUUCAAAUAACAUACGUAUUGUAUAUAAUUACAUCUUCACUGGAAGAAGUGCAUGAGAACCUCUUAUUUUAAGUCUGUCUAUAAAAUAUAAACGCUAUUGAUUGACGUAAUGAAGCCAAGACGAUAUAGGUAACACUUAAGAAAAAAAUAAUUUAUAUUUAUAAAUGAAAUAAUUGCUCAAUAUGGAUUUUUAGUUUCACAAAGCAUCAUUUUUUCUGUUAAAUGUUAAAAGUUCAAUUACACUUUAUAAUAAAAUAUUAUGAUCUUAGAAAAUGGUGCUCACGAUAAAAUAAAAGAUAGGUUAAAAAAAGGUUAUAUUUUUCUUGCAAUUUUGUUCAUAUCAGUGUACCAGUUUUAUUUUAAUUUUGCAUUUAGGUAAGUUUUAAUAGAAUUCGAUACAUAUCAUAGUAAUGGCACGGCAACAUUAUUAUUGUACAUACAGUGUUGCUAGUAUAAACUAUUUUCACUAGGAGACCAGUUACGAACCUACUUACUAUUAUAUAUUUAAUAGUUUAUUACCUACUUACUAUUAUAUAA